AAAUUCUUAGGCAGUAACACGAAAUGACAUUUCCAAUCGUUUUAAAAGCGACACGAUCGUUCGUUUUUGAGACGAUCGACAAAGGUGUCUCGUUUUGCCGCGAAGUCAACCGAAUCAACUUUAGUUAAAUAUCUUAAACUAUUAUUAAAUAUUAAAUAAAACUUCUAAGGUGAGAAAUCAAUUUGGUAUUAUGUUAUAAAUGAUUUGUUAGUUGAAUAAAGUAAACAAUUUAUGAUUUGGCAUAUUAUAGAUAUGUCUCGCAUGUGGAACGCCUUGAUGUUAGAAGCUGCAGAUGCCGAAGCUAAAAAGAUGUCUCGGCAGCGUAUGCUUCUACAAAGAUUAAAGAAUCGCGAACGGUUACUCCAAAAAAUUCCGGAUUGGCAGUUUAGAGCUCAUUACAGGCUGAAUAAGGAAGAGUUCCACUCGUUGUGUGACGAGCUCAGGCACAAUACCAGUUUAAAAGGUUCGAAAACAACUUCACUGGAACUUAAGGUGCUGACAGCAUUGAGCUUUUAUGCCAUGGGUUCAUAUCAGAAAGGUGUUGCUAAUGAGGUACAUAUGAAUCAAAAAAGUGUAAGUCGGUGUAUCAGAGAGGUGACAAAAGCUCUGAAUGAGAUUUCAAGUAAAUGGAUACAAUUCCCACAAACAAGCACACAAAGAACUAAAAUUAAGCAAGGAUUUUAUACUAAGUUUAAUUUUCCUGGUGUAAUUGGUGCCAUUGAUUGCACCCAUGUGGCCAUAGUUCGUCCAGCUGCAGAUGUACUUUGUUUUUAUAACAGAAAAGGCUUUCAUUCUCUUAAUGUCCAAAUGGUAUGUGACAGUGAUCUCAGAAUCACUAAUGUUAAUGCCAAGUUUGGUGGUGCAAGUCACAACAGUCAUAUCUGGGCAAGUAGAAGACUGCAAAGCCAUAUGGAGGCUCUGCAACUAUCUGGCAAGUCAGUUUGGUUGUUGGGUGACAGUGGUUACCUUCAAAGGAGCUACCUUAUGACACCUAUUCUGAAUGCAGAACCAGGAUCUAGAGGAGAGAACUACACUAGAGUGCAUGUCAAGGCCCGAAACUGCAUAGAAAGGGCAUUUGUUUAAAUAUAGAUUUUGAUA